AUGGCUCAGCCGCUCAUGAGCCUGGCAAAGCUGCUCCUGUCCCUGAGAAUGAAGUUGCGCGUCAGAUUCAUCAGUGCAAGGGGCACGGCCCAGAACGGUAUACACCCCAGCGCUGACUGCAUCACCAUUGCUGAUCCACAAGACGGCCAGGGGGGAUUCCAGCGCCAGCUGCCAGCAGUCACUGCAGCAACCAUGCCGCUUUCUUGUCCCAUUCACAGCGAGGCUGCCUUUGGCCCAAUCGUUGCAGCGACCCCAGCGUGUUACGACGGCUUUGACUUCACCCUGCUUACCUUCAUCCUCAUCAACUCUGCGAAGCUCAUUGUAAUCUGUGCGUCGGCCCCGAGGACCCCUUUCUCCAUAUCCGUCGCAGCUCUCGGCUUGUUCGUGGCAAUAUGCAUGUUAUUCUUGACACAUCUGGAGCAUUAUCGAAGUUCGAGACCAGCCUCACUUCUCUCUCUGUACCUCGGCCUGUCAUUGCUCUUUGAUAUAGUCCGCACCCGAACGCUAUGGAUCGUCGAACGCAACCGGACAUUUGCCAUCACCUUCUCUAUCGGUGUUGGCAUACAUCUGGUUCUCUUCCUGGCUAUCAACAUCUGCUCGAAUGCUGCCACCACUGACCAAAGGCUUCCACAUGAGACGAGAGCCAAUGUGUAUACCAGAGGGCUGUUUUGGUGGCUGAAUCCGCUCUUCUGGCUAGGAUCCAAAACCGUCCUCGACGUUCCGCAUCUUCCAGCCAUCGACAGCGGCUUGCGGUCCCAGGACUUCUUCGAUGAAGUCUGGUCAAGAUGGAUAGCCUUACCUCAACGUACGCCUGGCACACUUCUCAAGCUUCUUUUCAGAUCCCACAGGAAUCUUGUCAUCGAGGGCGUGCUGCCCCGUUUGGCACUAUCUGGCUUCACCUUUGCACAGCCGUUCCUACUUACUAGAGUUGUCUCAUACGCUACCACUACUCCCGAUGCUCGACUGGAAAAGCAACUCGCAUACGGCCUUAUAGGUGCUACUGCCUUUAUCUACGUCGGUCUAGCCAUUUCAAACGCCAACGCCCAGCACAAGACAUACCGUGUCAUCACCAAGCUGCGAGGUACCUUGGUCUCUCUCAUCUACGCCAAGACCCUGACUAUAUCUCUCCCAACCGCCCAGAACGGUUCUGCUAUCACUCUGAUGAGCGCGGAUGUUAAUAGGACUGCUACUGGACUGCGUUUCAUGCAUGAAUGCUGGGCCAGCUGUAUCGACAUUGGUCUUGGCACCUACCUCUUGCAGCGACAGCUUGGGCCAGCGGCUGCGGCACCUGGUGUCCUCUUCCUGCUUUGCAGCGCUUUUGGUUUGCGAGUUGCCGCAAGCAUGGGGGAGCGGCAACGCUUCUGGCUUGAGGCGAUUGAGAAGCGCAUCAAAGCAACCUCGGACACACUUGCCGCAAUCAAAGAAGUCAGGAUGGGUGGACUGCAACUUGUUAUGGAGAACAAGCUCCGAGAACUUCGGAAGGAAGAGAUCAAAGCGUCUCGAAAGUUCAAGAACGCCUUGGCCCUCAUUGUCUGUCUGUCGUACACCACUGCAGCCAUGGGACCUGUCUUUUCUUUUGGUAUAUUCUCAUUCUUGGCCAAGAGGAACGACUCCACGCCCGUCACAAGUGAGAUUGGAUUUACCGCACUCUCUAUAUUUUCGCUGCUGCGCACUCCCAUGGCUAUGAUCUUGGACGCUAUUUCCGGUCUUGUCGCAGCGAUUGGUGCUAUUCAGCGGAUAGGAGAGUACCUGUCUGCUGAUACUCAUCGCCGAACUUUAUCUGUGGUAUCCUCAGCAAGGCUCUUGUCUAUCAAUACAAAGGAAGCCUGGUCGCCUGUGUCCAACAACAAGAACGAUAUCCGGGUACCGGAAUGCGAGAGCAAAGAUGUAAUCACUGCCGCUCACUUCUCCGCCGGGUGGAACGAGGAACAAGGCUUCGUCAUCCGCGACGCCACAUUUUCUAUUAUGCCAGGUUCAUUGACGUUCAUCGUCGGGCCUGUUGGCUGUGGCAAGUCGACGCUACUUCAUGCAAUGCUCGACGAAACGACUCACAACAAAGGACAUCUCCAAACGAGUCUCAACAGCGCUGCAUUUGCUAGCCAGGCUCCGUGGCUGAUCAACGAUACUAUCCAAAACAAUAUCGUAGCCACGAGCAUACUUGACCAGCGCUGGUAUGGCGCAGUCCUCGACGCAUGUGCUCUCCGUGAAGAGGUUGCUCGUCUGCCCAAUGGAGAUUAUGAGCUUGUAGAUGACGGCGGCUCAAACCUCAGCGGUGGACAGCAAGCCCGUAUCGGUCUCGCUCGAGCUCAUAUGUUCCAGGCCGUCAAGAAGGAGGCUAAGCACAAUGACUUCAAAUCCGUUAGUCUCAAUGUUCCGAUAGAUACCCAAACAGCCUCGAAGAUUGAGAGACAGGAUCGUCUCACUGGGGACUUCACCAUCUACAGAUACUACGGCCGAAAAGUAGGCAUAAUCAACCUGACCAUGUUCUUUCUCUCCGGAGCUGUGUUUGUGUUUGCUCUCAUCUUCCCGCAAUACGUCGUCAGCUGGUGGGCAGCUUACAACGUAAAAUAUCCACAUGGCAGACUGGGUCUAUAUCUUGGGACUUACUUCGGUCUUUCCUGGAUCGCUAUCGCCGGCUUGGCGGCAGGAUGUUUGAUACUCAUCAUCAAGAUGAUGCCGCGUGCUUCUCAAGACCUUCAACUGAUCGACAUGGAACUACCUCUGGCUCUCUUCAAUACUUCUAUCGAAUUGCUGGCGACGUUCGCCAAUCUCAUCGUUAUUGCUGUUUCAUCUGGAUACAUUGCUGCCACAAUGCCGGCAGUAUUGAUCAUAUUCUUCCUCUUGCAGAAAUUCUAUCUCCGUACAGCACGUCAGCUUCGUCUUCUAGACAUUGAAGCGAAAGGCCCACUCUUUUCACACUUCUUGGAGACACUUUCUGGACUGGCCGCUAUUCGAGCGUACAAUGCUCAACACGACUACAAACAUCGGUUCUUGAAGAGACUCGACUACUCGCAAAAGCCGUUCUAUCUUCUGUUCUGUAUCCAACGCUGGCUCAACCUCGUACUCGACUUCAUCGUUGCAGGAAUUGCCAUCGUGUUUAUAUCCAUUGCUGUCGAGACCAAAGGAAGCAUUGCUCCAGGUCUCAUCGGCACAGCACUCGUCAGCAUCAUCAACUUUGGCGUCAGCACCAAGUCUCUCCUAGAAAAUUGGACGAAUCUCGAAAUGUGCAUUGGCGCAGUAUCCCGCGUUCGAUCCUUCGCUCUCACAACACCGUCCGAACACAAACCGACCGAAAUCUUUGAACUCCCACCCAACUGGCCGUCGCAAGGCCACAUCACCUUCUCCAAUUUUACCGCAGCCUGGAAAGACCGCGAAAAUAUCUCCGACCUCUCCCUUGAAGUCGCACCCACAUCUAAGACAGCCUUCAUCGGCACUUCGGGUUCGGGGAAAUCCACCAUUCUCUCGUCGCUACUCAACCUUGUGCCUAAUACCAGCGGUACUAUAUGCAUAGACGGUGUCUCGCUGUCUAUGAUUCCCCGCCAAACUCUGCGCGAGCAUUUCCUGACAUUACCCCAAGCGCCCUUUCUACUGCCUCAUUGCACAAUCAGGCAGAACCUAAAUCCUUUCGACCUCACGAUGUCCGAUAAGCAUGUCUUGAGCAUCCUGUCUAAACUCAAUAUGGCAACCCUGAUAUCCAAUCUGCCCAGUGGUCUCGAUACGAGUACCUCUGCAGCGACAUUUUCGAUCGGGCAAAAACAGCUGCUAUGUCUUGCGCGCAUGAUCCUUCGUCAUCAGCAUGGUGGACCUGGCCGGAAGGUUCUGCUUUUGGACGAGGCGACGGCAAGUUUAGAUCUCGAGACGGAUAAGGUGGUGCAGAGAGUAUUGAGGGAAGAGGUCUUCGGACAUGGAAUGACGGUUCUUGCGGUUGCACAUCGCAUGGAAGGUGUUAGAGAUUUCGAGUGCUUUGUUGAGGUUGGAGAGGGAAGGGUAAGGGAUGUCAGGGGGAGUAUAGAGAGGGAGUGUAUGGAGAGGGGGAGUGGGAUGGGGUGA